AUGCGUCCGCUUGACGAUGAUGACAGCGUGAUCUGUCAGCUUGUAUUCUCCACUUCCCUCGCGCGAAAGCGCGUGGCUGGACCAUAUCGGGUAGCGAACGCAAAGCCGAGAGUUCUCGCAGGGGAAUCAAAGAUCGCUCGUCGGAUCUAG